AUGGUCGAGCAAGCUUGUCAAAUGGCAGUAGCGAGGGACAAUGAGGGAGAGAAAGAGGAGAAAAAUGAAACUGAAAAUCAGAUGAGCCGAAUGGAUAGUGAAAUUUACCCAGCGGGACGGAUUGAAGAAAGGGACUGGAUUGACGGAGAAGAAGUAUAUAGCUUCGUACCGCGCCAACCAGAUGGGAAUAUCAACACCUAUCUGAGCACAGAUACUACAACAACAACAGAAUAUGAAAAUCCUUCAAGUUUGCAGGAUAGAGCGAGAACCUCACCCAGAUCAUCAAAUAUUUCGCAAUCAGCAGAGUUGAAUUCAGAUUCAUUUUCACGUUCAUCUAAUUCACCAAAUACAGCAACCUCCUCAACUUCUUCCUCGUCAAAUACAAUCUGCGUGGCGGCAACCUGCUCAAUGGUCGCCAUGCAGAGGACUACAAUCAAAAACACCUCCUACUACCGCGCGCUUGUCCCGGGCCAAGAAGUGUUUGUGUGGAUGGACAGUCGUGCCUCCAGCGAGGCGCGCGAGCUUUCGCGCCUACUACCACCAUCAGCCUUGGCCCAGGUAGGCGGUAGUGUCACGCCAGAGAUGGGGGUUGCCAAGAUGAUGUGGGUCAAUAACCGCCAUCAUGACGUUGUUGUUUUUGAGUUAUAUGACUGGAUUUCAUACCUUUUCGUUGCUGGCGGGAUUCAUGACGGGUUGGUGCGGUGUUUGGAGGGAGAUUUGGCAACAUUUCCUCCGGGGCUGACGGCUAUGGAUGGGUCAGUGAAGGGGUGGGGCGACGAGUUGAUGAAAGACUUGGGUAUAGUGGUGAAGGUGGGGUAUGUACCUAAGAGAAUAGGACAAAGAAGCAAAGGAGAAAGCACGAUUGGAGAGAAAAGGCAUGGAGAGAACAGAAGGGGUGACGAAGGAGGAGAAAAUCUAGGAGCAAACGAUCCACUGGAAAGUGAAACACUGUCAAAAAGGACGGACCAUCACCUAGAGAUGGAAACCAACUAUCGUUCGGAAACGGUUGCAAACUUUUUAGGAGAUCACUCUGGUGCAAGCGAUGAUGUCAACACUGGGUUGGACCUGGCAACAAGCCCUUCAACAUGUGGUUCGGGCUUCCAGUACGUGGGCACGCCAUUGGCACGUUGUCCCCCAGGCUCCAAUGUUGCCGGAUACAUAGUUUGCCACGGAUGUAUAGAUUGUUAUGGAGGUUGGGCGGGCAAUCAAGUAAAAGGACUGACCGUAAGUCUGGCUUUAACUUUGGAUCCGUCUUUGACUUUCAGUCAAGAUCUCGCUCAGGGUCUCGGACUCGCUCUCCAACUGAGCAACAAUUGCCACGGGAAAGGUUUCCACGGCCAAUGUCUGUGCUCGCAUCAUUUCGAGAACAAAGAAAUCAAUCAGGGCGGUCCAAACAAUGAAGACGGGGCCGCCAACAAGGUAUUAUCCAGAUCGGAAGCAAAAUCCAACCCAUUUGAGCUCACUAGGGUCGUGUCUGCUCAAACCACGGAUUCAGACAACAUAAGGUCCAUUCAGUUCAAUCAGUAUUCCUUGUUUGCCUCAUCUGACCUACUUGACCAUGCUUGUCAGUAUGGAGUGGGUGCGAAAAUUACAAAUUGCGCUACCUUCGCUCCUAUCCACAAGGCGCAAUCCUCUGCCUCACCCGCACCAGUUCCCGCACCAGUUCCCGCACCAGUUCCCGCACGGGUCCCCAUGUCCGUUCCCGCCAUGCUCAAAAGAGAUCCUCUUACGAUCAAGGCAGCACUCUACAUGGUGGCAGGAACCCUGACAUGUUUCAUUGCUGAUGUUCUCUCCCCGCACCCAUUGUCCGUUUCUGGUCUAUGGGGCCCCUUCCGUCAGCUUGCGCCUCGAACCGUCUACUCGUUUGGGCAACCAGCCACGGGCCUCUUGUUCGAUGAAUUGUUCGCUGCGCAUCCUUCACUUAUCGGUGAACAAAACCCAUUUCGACUUGUGGAAGCCCGCGCAAAGACUAUGGAAGCAUCCUUCGGCGUCCUGCUCACAGUUCUCACUCGCCAAUACUUGUACUAUGGCGAUAAGCAUGGAAAUCGCAGCCCUUACGGCGAUUUCGCGAUGAGCGACGUUCUCGUUGACGGAGUCAAUGCUGCAACAGCAUCCUCUCAAGAUUUAUUGGCGUGCGACUUGUCUGACAAUUCGUUCGACAGUCUAGUAGUGAAAUACUACUUAAUCCUCGAGCACUUGGUUUUCCAAACUUUCCAGUUAGCCAACAUGUUACAAAAUGCUACCUCGCUCCUCGACACAGUGAUUGUCUGUGGCUCGCAGGCCCACAACCUGCGAUUUAUUCGAAUGCUUUCCGAGUUUGCCUUUACGCAUGCUCUGGUGAUGGUUGGUUCCAGUGCCAAAUACGCAGGGGCGCAAGGUGUUGCAUUUGCCGGGGCUAGUGCAUUGAAAAAGUCCCAUAACCUCCAGCUUCUACGGGCUCCCGCCCUUCACACUGAGCAUGUUGAAGCGACACCGCUCGACCCUCGAGACAUUGGUAUUUUGAAAGUUAAAUACGCAUAUUGGCAGAGGCUAGCUCAAUGGCAGGCAGAAUUUCGUACAGCCAUGGCGGAAGCUUGA